CAAAAUUUUGCAAUCCUUUUAAUACAUUGUUUUUAUAUGGCAUAUACACGUAUUUAUAAUUAUAAAUAGUUACAUGAAUGAAAUAGAUUAAUAUUAUGUUACAUUACUAAUAUUUUUCAAUUAUUGGAUUAAAGCUUAUGCAAAAAUAUUACGAUUGCGGAAAGAUAAUACAAAAAAAAUAAUAAUUUCUAAAUUUCUAAGUAUAUAAUACAGAAAUUCGAUAGGCGCAAUGCAAAUUACGAAGAAGCCUUGAUUAACGCGAUUAAAGCAAUGUAAAAGAAUAGACAAUAAAUAUUACAAAGUAUCAGGAACUACUGUGAAUACAACGAAUAAAUGAUUGCAGCUAUGCGGUCAGAAAUCUGCGGUUUUAUUAUUAACUAUAAUUACGGUUAUGCGCUCGCAUUAAAGCUUCCACAAUAACCGUGCUUCCAUUUCUACUUUUAAAAGAUGCAAUCGGGAACGUGGUGUAUAAAACCUGGCGAUGCUGUAACGUUGAGUUAUUUUAGUUUUGAACACUAGAAGAUUAGGACGAUCUGCCAAUGAUUCGAAAGGUAUUAUUAUUAGCAAUGAUGCUGAUAGGAAUUCGAGGUGAACCUCAAGGACCUUCUUAUCUUCCUCCAAGCGUAUCUCGUCCUCCUGGUGGUGCACCUGGUGGAACAGGACAUCCAGAUGAAUGGGCUGGGGAUCCAGCAAAUUACGAGUUUUCAUACGAAGUGCAGGAUGCUGUUGCUGGUUUAGAUUUUGGUCAUCGUGAAAAUCGAAAGGAUCAGGAAGCAACUGGUACAUAUCAUGUUCUUCUUCCCGAUGGUAGAACACAAAUAGUUGAUUACGUUGCUGAUAACGCUGGUUAUCGACCAAAUGUACGAUACGAGGGAACAGCAACUUAUCCAGCACCGUCACCAUCUGCUGGUACUGGCGGGGACGAUGGUUAUAGAUAUUAA